AAGUCUCAUCAGUCAGAGAACAGGUGCAGGAAUCAGAGCAGAAGCAGAAUCCUGUGAAGCCUGUAACCUUUUUGCCUGAACUGUGAAAAAAAAUAACCAAAGAACUGCAUCUCGACUUUUUGAUCCUUUUGUGCUGCGUAAACCAGAAUCCACGGUGCAUCAGGUGGCGGUAUUUUACGGUUUUUGCCAACUGCGAACAGAAAUCAGGAAGGAAUUCUGGAUGCCAAAUGGUUCUGAUGCUCUGCGGAGCCGGUAGUGUCUGUGGUUCGGUAGCGUUUGUGGGUCCGGCUCUGUGUUUCCGUGGAUUCCGGGGCCGAAAUGCAGCGCAGCAAGGCGGCUGGGAGUGUGGAAGUGAGGCGGGUGAUCGGAGCUCUCUGCCGGCUGCUGGCGGGGCUCGGUGUGGGUCCUGUCCCCACGCCGGACGCUUUCCGACGGGCCAAGUUUGGAGGAGUACCCGAGGAUUCGUUCUGGCUGCUGCUCUCCAACAUCCUUCAGAGGUCAGGGGUCAUUUCCUCUGAGACCAUUUGCCAGCCAACGGGAGGGAGCAGGGAGCUGGUGGCAGCGGGCCUUUGGCAGAGCGGUUACCAUGGCGACUGGACACUGGGUGGGUCCGGUUCUGACCCGCUGCUGGCACUGAGCUGGCUGCUGGCCCAGGGGGUUCUGGAGAAGCUGCUGGCGGGUCAGGUUGCCAAGCUGGACCGCACACUGCUAGCCACCGGCCCGGCAACAACCAGAACCAGAGCUUUAGAACCCGCCGGGCUGGACAGUGUCUUGCUGAGGACACUGCAGUGGCUGAUGGGACGUCUGAGACACCAGGGACGGACGCUGUUGUCCACCGUGGGAGGACGGACGCGAGCUCUGCAUGACGUACUUUCCACCAGCCAGCUUUGCUCUGCGGCUCCCCCUGCUGGCCAAAGCUUUGCAGCGCUGACAGAGGACAGCGUGUGCAUCCAGCAGCUCUGUGACGUCCUGGAGGCGUACCUGAGUUGGAGACGGGUCGAGGACGUCUUCUGGACCUGGAUGGACAGCGUGGUAGACCGCCGUCACACUGGUCCCCACGCCACCAUGUCCUCCAGGGAACUGGGGAUGUGUCACCAUGGCAACCAGGGGCUGGCCCAGCUGGAGCAGUUGCUGAUGAGGUUGCCCAUCGCGCAGGAAACCGAGAGUCUCCGGGGUCAUAGGUCAGAGGACGAUCCGGCCUGCAGAUCUCCUGUCCUCUCUGUUCCCUCCUUCCAUCAGGUGUGGCGUCCCCGGCUGCAGGUUGGGGCCCAAGGACCGCCUGAUUGGCUCGCUGCAGCCCCCCCGGCGUUAGAGCGCCUCCUGCAGGCGGAGCGGCUGCUGCUGCGGCACAGAGUAGCGCGGCGUCUGGCCAACAGGAAGCGGCUGCGGCUGCUGAUGCAGCGGCUGCGGCGGCGGAUCUUCGUCCCGCUGUAGGGAAGGAGCUAUUGGUGAUGAUGGAGAGCGGAGCAGCGUUCGGAUCAGAACCGAACUGCUGGUUGGAAACCUCAAUUUAUCGAUACGGCAUUUGGUCUUCUGUUGCUGUGGCGAUCACCAUGAGAACUGAACUGCAUCUAUUUUGAAGUGAUUCUGUCAAACCCAGAAAACAGGAUUUUACUCCAGAAACAUUCGGUACUGUUCGGGUUCUGGACCCCAGCAUGACUGUGGAAAUCUGAGUGGAAGGAAAAAGUUUGGUAGAUGAAGGUUCUGUUCUGUAGGACUGUUGUGGGUCGGAGGUUCUGAAUGUUGUGAACAGAAAUAAAUAUUGAAAUAUUUAAUCUGG